AUGAAGCCGCUCGCUACAAUAUUCAUCAUUUUUAUGAUUAUCGUGGUAGGUCGCGAGGUGCUGUCAGCGACAGGUAGCCGCGACGUGCACUGCGGUCGGCGGCUGGUGUCGGGGCUCUUCGCGCGGCCGCGGCUGCCUCUCGGCUACUCCUACAUCACAACGGUGCCCACAGGCGCCUGUCGACUCAACAUCUCGGAAAUCGUAGCAAGCGAUAAUUAUAUCGCAUUGAAGAUAACAAAUGGAUCGUAUAUAAUGAAUGGAGAGUUCGCAGUCAGUACUCCCGGAACUUAUGAGGCGGCCGGGGCAAGAUUCGUGUAUACAAGAGAAGCGGGACUAGAUUCUGUUUUUGCUCUGGGACCGAUACAAUAUGAUAUAGAUAUUAUGAUUCUGUAUACACACCCGAAUCCGAACAUAAAAUAUGAAUAUUUCACUGAAUCACUGCCAGGUGAAGUUGACAUAGAGUCUGUGACGAAGUCUAAUUUACCCGAACUUACGAUAUCUCCGAAACAUACACGACGACACCACGGGUUCGAUUCUCAUUUAAAGCCUCAAUAUCCCGAUUCAGCAGGACUAACAAAAGAUGUGUCUAGUGAAGGCGUGCUUGAAAAUGUUAUUGGUGGAAGAAAGUUUGUAUGGAAGAUACUUUCAUACACUCAAUGUUCAAGGAGUUGCGGGGGAGGUAUCCAGGUGGGCAAAUACAGAUGUGUUGAAGUGAGUUCGACCGGAGAUAGAGAGAUAUCACCCGUACAUUGCACGGGGACUCCUCCCGCGGGAAAGAGACGUAGAUGCGGGGGAAUCCAGUGUGCACCACGAUGGAGAGCCGCAGCCUGGUCCUCCUGUCCUCAAUGUGGACCAGCGACUAGAACCAGGAUUGUUGGUUGUGUUCAGGAUCACUCGAGGGGAAUUACAAAGAUCAGCGACAAAAAAUGCCCAGCACCAAAACCUUCAACAAUAGAUACGUGUAACAUACCAGACUGCAGCUCCCUCAGUGCGACAAGGCACAUUGAGCGAGCUAAGCCGCGCGUCGUCACGGACGCGUUCAGAGAUGGCCCCGUGUAUACUAUCGCAGUGAAUGCGUCUGAAGACAUCGGACCGGAGUAUAGCUUUAGUGCUGGUGUUGGGAGCUGGCUUUAUACUGACUGGUCCGAGUGUGUAGGGUGGUGUGUCGGCGGCGGGUUGCAGACGCGCGCGGUCCGGUGCGCCGACCCGUCCGGCUGUCCGCACACAGCUCCCGACACCUUUCGAGCCUGCACCCCUUUGGUAUCAUGUGAACCUCACGAUGGACACUGGUUUACUGGUGAAUGGUCACCAUGUUCGUCAUCUUGCGGUGGGAAGCAAGUACGCGGCGUGCUUUGUAUAGGAGGCAGCGGUAGGCAUUUGAAGGACUCUGCGUGUAAAGAGCCUAAACCAGUGCAAGAGCAAUCUUGUGGAGGCGAGUGCCCUCCUCAGUGGUACUACAGCGAUUGGGGGCAGUGUAUAGGUAACUGCACAGUGGGCGCGGGCGUGCAGCGGCGCACGGUGGUGUGCACGCGCGCGGGCGACGCGGGCGGCGCGGCGGGCGAGCGCGCCUGCGCCGCGCCGCCGGCCGCCGCGCGCGCCUGCGCGCCGGCCUGCGACCCGCUCAUACCGCCCGACCUUACCAUUGAGUCACAAAAGUCCGCAACCGAACUCCCAAUAACCACACAACGAACUACACAACCAAGUAUUGAUAAGAAAGAUUGUGAAGACAAAUUGUCAAACUGUGUGUUAGCGGUACAAGCGAGACUCUGCCAUUAUAAGUAUUAUAUACAAAACUGUUGUGAUUCUUGCAGACUA